CAUUCUAUCCCCAAGGCAUUUAGAAUCUAGUUGAUAUUAUGGCAUCACCCUUGUUCAUCCUCCUGAUACUUCAGUCUUUCCUUGUUUCUACUUCUAUUUCUUCCACUGUUUCGUUCUCUCUUAAUCAAACAGAAACUCUUUUCAAAUGGAAAACAAGUCUUGACAACAAAAGCCAAAGCUUCCUCUCGUCUUGGGUUGGGGAUAGUCCUUGCAAAUGGGUUGGGAUUGCUUGUAAUAAAGCUGAAAGCAUCAUCAACAUAAACCUUCAUGAUUAUGGUCUCAAAGGUACAAUUCAUGGCCUUAACUUCUUUGCCUUCCCUGACCUAAUGCAGCUUGAUCUUAGCAAUAAUUCACUUCAUGGGGAAAUUCCUUCCCACAUUGUUAACUUGUCCAAACUCACUUAUCUUGAUUUGUCUUAUAAUCACUUUUUUGGGAACAUUCCUUUUGAGGUAGGAUUGCUUAAAUCUCUCACUAAACUUGAUUUGUCUAAUAACAGUUUCUCUGGCUCAAUCCCUAGUUCUAUAAGAAACUUGAGCAACCUAUCCAUUCUUUAUCUCUAUGAUAAUAUGCUUUCUAAGUCAAUACCUUCUGAGGUAGGAUUGCUUAAAUCUCUCACUGAACUUGAUUUAUCUAACAACAAUUUCUCUGGCUCAAUCCCUACUUCAAUAGGAAACUUGAGCAACCUAUCUUCUCUUUCUCUCUUUUAUAACAUGUUUUAUGACUCAAUACCUUCUGAGAUAGGAUUGCUUAAAUCUCUUACUACACUUUAUUUGUUUAAUAAUAGUUUGUCUGGCUCAAUUCCCAUUUCAAUUGGAAACCUAACAAGGAUUCUUCAGUUAGACCUUACAAGUAACUAUUUAUCUGGCCCUAUUCCUUUGGAAAUGAAUAACCUUAUUCUUCUUAAAGAUUUACAUUUGUGUAAUAACAAACUCAAUGGCCAUUUACCUGAGAAUAUUUGCCUUGGGGGAUUUCUCACAAACUUUUCAGCAAUAAACAAUCAUUUGACGGGUCCCAUCCCGAAGAGUUUCAAAAACUGCUCUAGUUUAUUUAGAGUACGGCUUGAAGGGAACCAACUUGAAGGGAAUAUAACAGAUGCUUUUGGGAUAUAUCCCAAGUUGGAUUAUAUUGAUUUGAGCAAUAACAAGUUGUAUGGUAAACUUUCUCCAACUUGGGGUCUAUGUCAUAACCUUACAAACUUGAAGAUUUCCAACAAUAACAUCUCUGGUAAAAUACCUCUUGAGCUAGCUCAAGCCACUCAAUUACAACGUCUUGAUCUCUCUUCAAAUCAACUAAAUGGGGAGAUUCCUAAGGAAUUAGGCAACUUGACUGCAUUAGUUUAUCUCCUGCUAAAUGAUAACCAACUCUUUGGUAGAAUCCCAUUAGAGAUAGGACAGCUACUCAAUUUGCAACAACUCAAUUUGGCAGCAAACAAUUUGGAUGGACCAAUUCCAAAACAACUUGGAAAGUGCUUCAGGUUAUGGAGCUUGAACUUGAGCAAGAAUCAACUUGGGGAAAAUAUUCCAUUUGAAAUAAAAAACAUAUUUGCCCUUCAAACUCUUGACUUGAGUUGGAAUAUUCUAAUGGGAGAGAUUCCACUAGAGCUUGGAGGAUCUCAAAGGUUAGAAACAUUGAAUCUUUCUCACAACAUGCUUUCUGGAUUCAUACCUUCUUCCUUUAAUGAAAUGCUAAGCUUGACAAAUGUCAACAUAUCUUACAACCAGUUGGAGGGCCCAAUCCCCCGUAUCAAAGCCUUUCUUGAUGCCCCAUUUGAUGCUCUUGAAAACAAUAAAGGCCUUUGUGGCAAUGCCUCUGGCCUAAUGCCUUGUCCAUCCAAAAGUCAAAAGAAAAGUUCAAGAGGACUUGUGAUUUUGAUUGUUAUACCUGUUUUGGGUGGUUUGCUUCUACUAUUUAUCUUGGUGAAGUAUUUACUUCUAUUUUGUUGCAAAAAAUAUAAGCCAAGAGUGGAGCAAUAUCAAUAUAUUUUUGACAUAUGGGGAUAUGAUGGGAAAAUCCUCUAUGAAAACAUUCUUGAAGCUACAGAGCAAUUCAACUCCAAUUAUUGCAUUGGCACAGGAGGAUGUGGAAAUGUUUACAAAGCUGUGUUGCCAACAGGUCAAGUAGUUGCUGUGAAGAAACUUCAUCCUUCAAAUGACGAUGAUACCAUCAAUUUACAAGCAUUUGAAAGUGAGAUUCGUGUUUUAACAGAAACACGACAUCGCAAUAUUGUGAAGUUGUAUGGUUUUUGUUCUACUACAGAGCACUCAUUGCUAGUUUAUGAGUUUGUAGAAAGAGGGAGCUUGAAGAAGGUUUUGAGCAACCCAGAAGAAGCAGUGAAGUUGAAUUGGGAUAAGAGGUUGAACAUUAUUAAAGGAUUAUCUAGAGCCUUAUCUUACAUGCACCAUGAUCAUCCAUCACCAAUAAUCCAUCGUGACAUUUCAAGCAAUAAUGUUUUGCUUGAUUUGGAUUAUGAAGCUCAUGUCUCUGACUUUGGCAUUGCCAGAAUUUUAAAGCCUGACUGCUCAAAUUGGACAUCUUUUGCAGGCACCUUCGGCUAUACAGCACCAGAGUUUGCUUACACAAUGCAAGCAAGUGAAAAGUGUGAUGUCUACAGCUUUGGGGUGGUAGCAAUGGAAGUACUCAUAGGAAUGCAUCCAGGUGAUCUGAUUUCAGAUUUAUGGACAUCAAAUGGCCAACAAGUGCUGCUGAGGGAUGUUAUAGACCAAUGCCUUCAACCUCAAAGGAAGAACCGAGUAGCUGAGCAAGUGGUUUCAACAACUAAACUAGCCUUUGCAUGCCUGAAUGUCAAUCCCCAAUUGCGACCCACCAUGCAGCAGGUUUAUCAGGCACUUAAUAGUGGUCGACCAUCUCCAUUGCCAAAGCCGUAUUUAAUGAUAAGUUUAGGAGAUUUGAUUGGAGAUGGACAUGAGGUGCAAAGUUGAGUUGCUGAUGAUUUGGAUAUUCGUCAUAAUUCUAGGCUGCUAUUUACUAAGGCAAUGGAAUUGUUGCAUAUGAGUAUUACUGCUUGCCAGCAGGACUAGCAAUAAGAGCUUGAAGAAAUUAACGUUUUUGAUCAACUUCAAGAUGAAUGGUUAAUUUCAUCCUUCGUUCCGUUCCGUUCCUUUCCUUGUUGGCUUCUCAGACUUGGUCGUGUUUAAUUUCCAUCUAGAUAACAUAAUUUGUGUAUUUCCCUUUUUCUGCUUUUCUUGUUAAUUUGUGUAUUUUUGUGCUUAUUUCUUUUCUUCCAGCCUGGUGUAAAGGAGAUUGUGUGGAGUACAUGUACUCAAUAAAAUUACUUAUUUUGC